AUGGAUCAAGUUGAUAUUAUUCCAGAGCUCAAGGCGAACAUAUUGUCUAUUCUCACAUUUCAGUGGAUCCAGCCACUUCUUUCCCUAGGCUAUCGACGUCCGCUAAUGGAAACUGAUAUUUGGGCUCUGGAUCACGAUCGUCAAUCAGACAUAUUAUCGGAUAAACUAUUAGAAAACUACCGCAAACGACAAAUUGCCGCACAUAAGGACCGGUCCCCCGACAAUCUCAAGCGCAUUUCAAACGCUUCGUUGGCUCGAGCACUGAACGACACGUUCUUUUUUAGGUUUUGGCUUUCUGGAAUUUGCAAGUUGUUAAGUGAUGGAUUAGUGGCAUGCACACCGCUAGUCAACCGCGCGUUGAUCGAAUACGGUACCGGUGUAUAUCUUCAUAAACUCAACCCAAAUACUGCACCAUCGCCUCCCUCCAAAGCUCAUGGCUAUGGCCUCGCAAUUGGCCUAUUCCUAAUGCAAGUAUCUUCAACGUUUUUUCUACAUCAGUUCUUUUACCUGAGCAUGUCGGUUGGUGUACUAAGUCGAUCGGCAUUGAUUUCAGCCAUCUAUAAGCGCUCACUCUCAUUCAGUUCAAGGUCGCGGAAACAAUUCCCUACAUCUCAAUUGGUGGGACAUAUCUCAUCCGAUGUAUCUCGGAUCGACGUUUGCAUGGGGCUCUUUCAUUUUUCAUGGGCUACUCCCAUCCAACUUGCGGCUAUCCUGGUGAUCCUAGUUCUUCAGAUCGGUCCUAGUAGCUUGGCAGGAAUAGGCUUUAUUUUAAUUUUACUGCCUCUACAGAUCGCAGCCAUGGGAUUGAUGUUCUCUUUACGUAUGAAAGUGGUUUCUUGGACUGACAAGCGUACCCGCAAGUCCCAAGAAGUACUGCAAGGUGUUAAGCUUUUGAAACUUUUUGGUUGGGAGGAAGCCUUUUUGUCAAUCAUCAACCGCUUCCGAGUGCGAGAAUUGCACCUAUUGAAAAAAGCGUUAGUUGUUUUAGCUGCCUCGCUGGCCCUCGCAAAUAGCUUCCCUCUGCUAGGUUCAAUCGUCGCCUUCGUCACUUACUCCGCUAUGGGACAUGGUGCAGGAAAUGUGGAAGCAGUUUUUACUAGUCUUUCACUCUUCAAUUUGCUUGGACUCCCUCUCCUCAUUCUCCCCAUUGCCCUAGGCUCUAUCGCAGAUGCUCGAAGUGGUAUUCAACGCCUGGAGAAAGUCUUUGAAGCGGAGGUGGUUGAAGACCAAGAUGGAAUCGUGGUUGAUAGUGCCCUUGAUGCGUCUAUUCAUGUCACGAAAUCCUCUUGGGUUUGGGAGCUGGGCAACCCAGCUGACAGCGAUGAAGCCAAAAGGCCUGACACUUCCACGGCAGACCCCUCAACCCUUGGUGAGAAAAAUCAGAAACCAGCCGAGACCCUCGAUACUGCGCCUAGUUUCCGGCUUACCGACAUUGAGAUGGAUAUUAAGCGUGGAUCACUGACCGCCAUCGUUGGUCCAAUUGCGUCGGGCAAGUCAUCUCUGAUCCAAGCGUUGAUAGGCGAAAUGAAACAAAUAGUUGGUAGCCCACCCUGCUUUGGGGGUCAAGUCGGUUACUGUCCACAAAACGCGUGGAUACAAAACGAUACGAUCCGCGAAAAUAUCAUCUUUGGCUCGGAAAUGGAUGAAAAGCGCUAUCGUGCCGUAGUACACGCAGCUUGUCUUCAAGCUGACCUCGACAUGCUUCCUCAAGGUGACAUGACCCUGAUCGGGGAAAGGGGAAUCAACUUAUCGGGUGGACAAAAACAGCGCAUAAACAUCGCCCGCUCGAUUUACUAUUCUUCCGACAUUAUCCUUUUCGAUGAUCCAUUAUCUGCUGUCGAUGCUCAUGUAGCAAAUCAUAUCUUCGAGCAUGCAAUUCGUGGCAGCAACUAUCUCGCUGGCCCCGGAGAAUCUAGCAGCCAAACCAAAAUUCUGGUUACCCAUGCGCUGCAUUUUUUACCCAAGGUUGACGAAAUCAUCUGCAUGAAUGACGGGAAGAUCCAUGAACGAGGCACUUUCGAAGAAUUGCUAGCCGCUGGUGGUACAUUUUGCGCCUUAUACAGAGACUUUGGUGGCGGUGAACACAAACAACACGAUCCGGUAAUUCAGAACACAGAAAAAGCCGGGGCAGAGAGCUCGACAAAUUCUCCAAAAGAGAAGGAUUUCAAUCCCAGUGUAGACGAUAAAGUGAAUCAUAUACGAAAUUAUGAAACCCCCGGGAUGAUCGAGGGGAAAGAUGACUUGAAUCAAAUGCAAGAAGAAGAGAGAGUAACGGGCUCUGUUCCUUGGAGCGUCUACAAGCACUUGUUUACGGCCGGAAACGGAAAAUACUUGUUUCCGCUUUUGGUGAUCAGCAUCAUCCUUGAACAAUCUGCCGUGGUGUUUUCCUCUUACUGGUUGGUAUGGUGGCAGAAUGCUAAACUCCAAAUUAGUCAAGCAACUUACAUGGGUGUUUAUGCCAGCCUGGGAAUCUUCCAGACGCUUUCGGGAUUUUCAAUUGGUGCCGUUGGUGUAAUAUUUGGCUUCUACGCGUCGAAGAACUUACACCAUGGGGCGUUGAAGGCAAUAGCCAGGGCACCUCUAUCAUUCUUUGACACCACUCCUCUCGGAAGAAUCAUGAAUCGACUAUCCAAGGACGUGGAUUCCAUCGACAAUAAGUUCAACGACUCAAUGAGGAUGGUUUUGACAACGUCCUCUCAAGUGAUUGGAGCCAUCAUCUUGAUUGGAAUUACAAGUCGUUAUUUCUUACUCGCGAUGGCAGGUGUCGCAGGAGGCUGUUGGCUUCUCGCCAGCUUCUACAGACCCUCGGCUCGUGAUAUACAACGACUGAGUAACUUGCUACGAAGUAAGCUCUAUGCUCAGUUCAGCGAAUCGCUGAAUGGUAUUACCACAAUUAAGGCGUUCCAGAUGAAGGGAAAGUCAAUAGCCAAGCACUGCCGUCUGUUGGAUCACGAGACACGGGCUUUGUACUUGACCACUGUAAAUCAGCAGUGGCUAGGGAUUCGACUGGAAGGAUUCGGCUCAAUUCUGGUUUUCAUUGUUGCGAUUAUCUCAGUGGCCCAAGCCGGAACCAUCAACCCGAGUCAAAUUGGUCUGAUAUUAACUUAUGUCCAAACUAUCUCUCAAUCACUUAGCUGGCUGGUCCGCCAGAUUGCAGAAGUUGAGAACAGCCUUAACUCAGUAGAACGAGUCCUGUGGUAUCAAAAAAAUGCACCGCAAGAGGCUGCAGCUCUACUUCCCGAUACCGAUCCUGAUUCGACAUGGCCCUCGGGUGGUUCAAUUCAAUUCGAUUCCAUCGUGAUGAGCUACCGGCCUGGAUUACCGCACGUUUUGAAAGGCUUAUCUAUAGAUAUCGCAGCAGGAGAGAAAGUUGGCGUGGUUGGUCGCACCGGAGCUGGAAAGAGCUCACUGAUGCUGGCUUUGUUCAGAACCACAGAAUUGGAGUCGGGAAGCAUCCGGAUUGACGGGUUGAAUAUCAGGGAGAUCGGGUUAGAUCGUCUCAGGCGCUCGAUCUCUAUCAUUCCUCAAGACGCGAUUUUGUUCGAAGGAACGAUCAGAACCAACCUCGAUCCGUUUGAUGAGUACGAUGACAAAAGCUUGUGGGACGCUUUAUCUAGAUCAGGUCUAAAUCAAAAAAACGACUCUCUCGAAGAAACGAAAGAGAGGUAUGGAUUGGACAGUGUUAUUCAGGAUGAAGGAGCGAACCUUUCGGUGGGAGAACGAAAUUUAGUAUCUCUGGCUAGAGCUUUGGUUAAGAAUUCAAAAAUCAUCGUGUUGGAUGAAGCAACAGCAUCCGUUGAUUUUGAGACGGAUGCCAAGAUACAAGAAACCAUCCGCAAGGAAUUUGGAGAUAAGACUUUGUUAUGUAUAGCCCACCGGUUAAGGACGGUCAUCAACUAUGAUAAGAUUGUCGUUAUGGAUGGCGGUCGGGCUGUUGAAAUUGGGACUCCGUUGGCCUUAUACGAUCAAGAAUCAGGAAUCUUCAGGAAUAUGUGUGAAUCGUCGUCAAUCACUCGUCAAGACAUCCUGUCAUCUCGCGGUUCGCACUCCUUACCCGCAGAGAAGUGA